UAUUCACUGCAGGCAUCGCACUCCACAAAUACUUCACAUCUCUUUCAAUCCCUCUGCACGUUCUUUCGGUGCUUUGUUCUUGACUGUAAACUCUUUGCCUUUUCUCUGAAAUUUCAAACUUUUUUCCAUGGCUUUGAGUUUCCUAUCUCCCACCGAAAUCAAAGCUCUCUCUUUCUUGGGUACCUCCGAGUCCAGUCACUGCCCCAAGCUUCCAGGUGGAUUCACUUUGAAGAGGAAGGAUAGUGGAAAGGCAUUUGGAAGAAUUGUUCAGUGUUCUGCUCAGCGGCCGCCUCCAGCCUGGCCAGGACGAGCUUUUCCAGAGCCUGGUCGUAAGACUUGGGAUGGUCCAAAACCUAUAUCUGUCGUUGGAUCAACUGGUUCUAUUGGAACUCAGACAUUGGACAUAGUUGCAGAGAAUCCAGAUAAAUUCAGAGUUGUGGCACUCGCAGCUGGUUCAAAUGUAACUCUUCUUGCUGAUCAGGUAAAGCAAUUCAAGCCACAACUGGUUGCGGUUAGAAAUGAGUCAUUAAUUAGUGAACUCAAGGAGGCUUUGGCUGAUGUUGAACAAAAGCCUGAGAUCAUUCCAGGGGAGCAAGGAGUUAUUGAGGUUGCCCGACACCCAGAUGCUGUAACUGUGGUAACCGGGAUAGUCGGCUGUGCAGGAUUAAAGCCUACAGUGGCCGCAAUUAAAGCAGGGAAAGACAUAGCCUUGGCCAAUAAGGAGACACUGAUUGCUGGUGGUCCUUUUGUCCUUCCUCUUGCCCACAAGCAUAACAUUAAAAUUCUUCCAGCUGAUUCGGAACAUUCUGCCAUUUUUCAGUGUAUUCAGGGCUUGCCAGAGGGUGCACUUAGGCGCAUUAUUUUAACAGCAUCUGGUGGAGCUUUUAGGGAUUGGCCAGUUGAAAGAUUGAAAGAAGCUAAAGUAGCUGAUGCUUUGAAGCAUCCAAACUGGAGUAUGGGGAAAAAAAUUACUGUGGAUUCUGCUACCCUUUUCAAUAAGGGUUUGGAAGUUAUUGAAGCUCAUUAUCUAUUUGGAGCUGAAUAUGAUAAUAUUGAGAUAGUAAUUCAUCCACAAUCUAUCAUACAUUCAAUGGUUGAAACACAGGACUCUUCGGUUCUUGCACAGUUGGGGUGGGCUGAUAUGAGGCUGCCAAUCCUCUACACUAUGUCAUGGCCUGAAAGAAUUUACUGCUCUGAAGUGACAUGGCCUCGCCUUGAUCUUUGCAAGCUUGGUUCACUAACAUUUAAGUCUCCUGACAACGUAAAAUACCCAUCCAUGGAUCUUGCUUAUGCUGCUGGACGGGCUGGAGGCACCAUGACUGGAGUUCUUAGUGCUGCAAAUGAGAAAGCAGUAGAGAUGUUCAUCAAUGAAAGGAUUGGCUAUCUGGAUAUAUUCAAGAUCGUUGAGCUAACAUGUGAUAAACACCGUGGAGAAAUGGUGGCUUCCCCAUCCCUGGAAGAAAUUAUACAUUAUGAUUUGUGGGCACGAGAUUAUGCUGAUAAUUUGCAACUCUCUUCUGAACGAAGUCCUGUUCGUGCUUGAGUGAUAAAACUUGUGUUGAAGAGGGCAUCGAUGCCAUAUUUUGAGAACCGGGGAAGUAUGUUUUCUUUAUGUAAGGGGCAUUAAGCAAGUGUAUCAUAUAUAUGAAUAUGAGGCAUCCGGAAUGUAUUCCCCGCAUUAUAGGUGUUAAAUUUAUAAAUGCUUUCCCCAGUCAA